GGCCUCGUUUGCUUCCGCCCCGGAAGCGGAAGUGCAGGCGUCUGGGGGGUCCUGUCCACUGUGAGUCCGGCCCGCGUGGCAGCGGUUCCUCACUCUGAUUCUGCCGCUUCCUCUUGGCUGCCGUUUGUCGCGUUCUUCAUCUCACCAUGCUGUCUCUAGAUUUCCUAGAUGAUGUGCGGCGGAUGAACAAGAGACAGCUAUACUACCAAGUCCUAAAUUUUGGAAUGAUUGUCUCCUCGGCACUAAUGAUCUGGAAGGGGCUAAUGGUGAUAACCGGAAGUGAGAGUCCAAUUGUAGUGGUGCUCAGUGGCAGCAUGGAGCCCGCGUUUCACAGAGGGGACCUCCUUUUCCUAACGAACCGUGUCGAAGAUCCCAUACGAGUGGGGGAAAUCGUCGUCUUCAGGAUAGAAGGAAGAGAGAUUCCUAUAGUGCAUCGAGUCUUGAAGAUCCAUGAAAAGCAAAACGGGCAUAUCAAGUUUCUAACCAAAGGAGAUAAUAAUGCCGUUGACGACCGAGGCCUCUAUAAGCAAGGACAACACUGGCUAGAGAAGAAAGACGUUGUAGGAAGAGCGAGGGGAUUUGUUCCUUAUAUUGGAAUUGUGACAAUCCUCAUGAAUGACUAUCCUAAAUUUAAGUAUGCAGUACUGUUUCUGCUGGGUUUAUUUGUGCUGGUCCAUCGUGAGUAAGAAGUCGGCCACGCUGUUCCUGGAAGAUGCUGUGCUUUUUGUUACUGGAUGUUUGGAGUAGAUCCUGGUCUGUGAUUGGCGGAUAUUCGGAGGACACACAUGUUGGCGCUUCUUGGUAGCACUGGUUUGCAUUAGUUUCUGUUUCCACACCUGAGGAUGUGUGGGCGGGUGCAUGUGCACCGUGGAGUGCACUCGAGGGGACUUUCAAUCACAGGAUUUCACUCUUCACACUUUUGUACACCAGUGAAUUUUUAUAUUAAAGGUUGAGCCAAAGCCCCCAGUGUUUGUAUUCUGAAGCCAAGCUUCACUUCAAAGUGCCUACAGAGUUCUGUGGAUGAAAACACAGCUCUGCGCGAGCUCACAGUCGUCCUUCCUUGGAGCAGGAGGGCACAUACUGAGGUGGUCAGAAGUCUUCACUUUUCAAAAUUUUAAAUAAAAGACUUUGCACAUUGAA